AUGGCCAGGACUAAGCAAACAGCUCGUAAGUCUACUGGUGGCAAAGCCCCCCGUAAGCAGCUGGCUACGAAAGCUGCCCGGAAGAGCGCGCCUGCGACUGGGGGAGUGAAAAAGCCCCAUCGUUACCGACCCGGCACUGUGGCCCUGCGAGAAAUCCGCCGCUAUCAGAAAUCUACUGAGCUGCUCAUCCGCAAGUUGCCCUUCCAGCGCCUGGUCCGUGAAAUCGCCCAGGACUUCAAAACUGAUUUACGCUUCCAGAGCUCGGCUGUUAUGGCCCUGCAGGAGGCCAGCGAAGCCUACUUGGUGGGGCUCUUUGAAGAUACUAACCUGUGUGCUAUUCACGCCAAGAGAGUCACCAUCAUGCCCAAGGACAUCCAGUUAGCCCGGCGUAUCCGUGGCGAGAGAGCUUAAAGGCUGCAGCUUCUAGUAACAAAAACUACUCCAAACGACCCAAAGGCUCUUUUAAGAGCCACUACAUGCACACUGAAAGGAGCUGUAACCUGUUCAUAUCGUCCCUUUUUCUAAGUACGAAACUUGUUUUAGAGCUUUUUUUCAAGU